AUGUCCAAAUCACAGAGGGAAAAGCAGAAACAGCCAUGGUGGCUUGGUGGUGCCGCUGCCUCUAUGGCGGUAUGCUUCACACACCCACUGGACCAAACAAAAUAUCGGAUGCAGGUCAUGCACACCAAGGCACCGAUGCUAAGGACAUUAUACAGCUUUGCAGCUCGUGAUGGCAUCCCCUCCCUCUGGACAGGCCUCAGCGCCUCCAUCCUCCGCCAAUCCACCUAUUCCACCGCCCGCUUCGGCCUCUACACCAUCCUCUCCCAGCGCCUCAAAGAACGCAACAACCAACCUCUCUCGUCCUGGGCCACCAUCCUCUGCGCCGGUGUCUCAGGCGGUCUCGCCGGCAUCAUCGGCAACCCGGCCGAGGUCAUCCUCGUCCGCAUGUGCGCCGACGGCGCAAAACCACCGAGCGAGAGGAUGCACUAUCCAGAUGCCGCGAGGGGCCUUGCUCGGAUCGCGCGCGAGGAGGGCCUGGCUACUUUUGGAAGGGGUUUGACGGCUACUGUGGUGAGGAGUGUAUUGAUGAAUGUUGGGCAGAUUGCGCCAUACACCGCCGCCAAGCAGUUCCUCCUCAAAAAUACGAGCCUAAAAGACGACGUCAAGACACACAUGCUCUCCUCCCUCAUCGCCGGCACCGUCGCCACCACCAUCUGUGCCCCUGCCGACGUUCUCAAGAGCCGCAUCCAGUCUGCCUCCAGGGCAGGAGGGUCUUCGAGCGUUCUGCAAGUCCUCUCCCAAGGUCUCCAGCACGAAGGCCCCAUAUUCCUGAUGAAAGGCUGGACUCCAGCCUGGCUAAGAUUGACACCCCAUACCAUCCUCACCUUCGUCUUCAUAGAGAAACUCCAAGACCUCGUCAACUGGCGGGCGACGACCGCUGUGGCGCCGGUUGAGGCGAAGAUGUGA